GACGUAAUGCUCGGAGACUGAGGUCCUGACAAGCGAUAACAUUUCUGAUAAAGAACUGAUCUCGCUGCAAAUCUAGUCUCUUCUUUUUGUGUCUUAUUCCUACUGAGCAAGGGAGGAUUUGCUAAUAUUUAAAAAAAACAAAACAAACAACAACCCAGUGUAUCCAGAUUUCUCUUCCCCCUCUCUCCCUGUUUCUGUCUGUGUCUCAGACACACACACACACACUGGGGGAACAGGAAACCUUUUCUUCUUCUUCCCCCCACCCCAAAAAAAUAAUCAAAGAUCAACUCUGAAAAACAACUAGAAGACGGUUCAUGGCUCAAGCCAGGGUUCCACCAUCUUCCAGACUGCUGCUGAGGUUAUUGCAGAUCAAUCAACAGCUCUGACACUGUACUCAGCUCUUUACAAAAUGAGAUACAACGUUGGGUAAACAAAAGAAAGCUGCGACACAAGGAUAUGGUCCGGAAAAAGAAUCCCCCUCUGAGAAACAUUGCAAGCGAAGGUGAAGCAGAGGUACUUGAUUCUGCUGCAACUGAAGGAGAAGAUAGUGUAAGGAAUAAGGACAUUUCCUCUGAUCAGAUGCAAGAAAACAGCGAGCAGAGUGAUCCUGUAGAUCAGAAUAGUGAUCACUGUUUUCAUGAUCAAGAGCCUUCUUCCAGUUUUAAAAGGGACUCUGAAUGCUUGGGUUUAAGUGAAAGAGCUGCCUUUAAUUACAGCCAUCUUAAAGGCAGAAAUGUUUCUUACUCAAAUGAGGUGACGGACAGAAACAUGUUGACAUUAUCAUGCUCCUCAGAUACUAGGGCAGUUUGUGAGCCCAUAAAAUCACCUAUAAAAUCAGAAGCUGAUGACACCCAUGAACUGAUCUCUACUGCAUCUGGGGACACUUUGGAGGCAAGAGAUGAAAAUGACAUGUCACCAAGGGCUACUGACUACACAAUGCAAUGUGUAAAAGUAGACUGUCAUAGCUCAAGUCCAGCCUCGGUGGCCUCAGAAAAUCUACAAGUGCCUUCAGAUGGGAGUGCAGGGCUGUAUAAAUCACAGACUCUUGUUUUGGUAAAUGACAAUUCAGAUUCUGCACCUUUAUCCCCAGAGCUUCAGGAUUUCAAAUGCAACAUUUGUGGGUAUGGCUAUUAUGGAAAUGACCCAACAGACUUGAUUAAACACUUCCGAAAAUACCAUCUAGGCCUUCAUAACCGUACAAGGCAAGAUGUUGAACUUGACACCAAAAUUUUGGCACUUCACAAUAUGGUACAAUUUAGCCAAUCCAAAGAGUUCCAGAAAGUGAAUCGUUCUGUAAUUUCAGGUGUAUUACAGGACAUCAAUUCUCAGAGAUCUGUUUUGCUUAAUGGAACAUAUGAUGUCCAGGUGACAUUUGGCGGAACCUUCAUCGGCAUUGGGCGUAAAACUCCAGAUUGCCAAGGCAAUACGAAGUACUUCCGUUGCAAAUUCUGCAACUUCACGUACAUGGGCAACGCGUCCACCGAGCUGGAGCAACACUUUCUCAAGACGCAUCCUAACAAAAUGAAAGUGUCCUCUGAUUCUGGUAAACCUUCAGAGAAAAGCACCAAUAAAUCAAGCCCUGUUCCUCAUUCUUGUGAGCCUGGAGAUUUGGGAAGGUGGCAAGACAAAAUCACUGUUAAAGCAGCAGAUGAUAUGCCAGUUGGAUAUUCAGUGCCAAUUAAUCCAGUAGAUUCAUCCAGGGAAAAUGGUACAGAUGACACCAACUACUACUGGUGCAAAUUUUGUAGUUUCAGCUGUGAAUCAUCCAGCAAUUUCAAACUAAUAGAGCAUCACAGCAAACAUCAUGGGGGAGGGAAAUCAGAGAGCCCUAAUUCAGAUAUGAAUGACAAGAUCUUCAGAGGAUCAGUCAUUAAUCAAAAUGAAAUUACCAAAAAUUCUGAUGAACAGCUUUCAGCAAAAAUAGAGAAAGGAUUGGCUAAAAAGAAAGAUCUCUCCAGUAAGCCAACUGAGGAUAUAAUAGUAACAAACUACAAUUGUCAGUUUUGUGACUUUAGGUACUCUAAGAGCCAUGGUCCAGAGGUAAUAGUUGUUGGGCCACUACUACGUCAUUACCUACAGCAUCACAAUAUUCACAAGUGUACUAUUAAACAUUGCCCAUUUUGUCCCCGAGGUCUCUGUAGCCCUGAAAAGCACCUUGGAGAAAUUACUUACCCAUUUGCUUGCAAAAAAAGUAAUUGUUCUCAUUGUGCUCUUUUGCUGUUGCACUUAUCUUCUGGGGCGACAGAGAGCACAAGAGUUAAACACCAGUGUGAUCAAUGCUCAUUCUCCUCUCCUGAUGUAGAUGUGCUCCUGCUUCAUUAUGAAAAUGAACAUGAAUCCAAGGCAACUGAUGUCAAACAGGAACAGAAUCACCAGCAAGGAACUGAGGGACAGCUGACCGUCAAAGAAAACAAAGAACAUUCAUGUACGAAAUGUGACUUUAUUACCCAGGCAGAAGAAGACCUUUCACGACACUACAGGAGGGUGCAUAACUGCUACAAAUGUCGUCAGUGCAGUUUUACAGCAGCAGAGACUCAAUCUUUACUAGAUCAUUUCAACUCUGCUCAUUGUCAGGAGUCUGAAAUCACUACAUCUAACGGAGGGGAGAGCCAUGGUCUAACUUCUAUUAAGGAAGAACCAAAAACUGAGAUGAAAGUAUAUAAUCUUGUAACUCCAGAUUCCAAAAUGGGAGAAGCCAUAUUUGAUAGCACUGUGAAGAAGGAGAAGCUUGAUGAUAAAGAGGUGCUCAGGGAGAAAGCUUGGUCUGAUAAUUCAAUUGAUGAUCUUCGUGGAGUUGCAUGGAGAGGAUCAGACAUUUUGAGAACAAGUCCGUCCUAUACACAGAUAGGACUGGGUCUGCUGACAACAGUGUCCGUCAAUCAAGAACAACAGAAAUCUUCAAGAGAGAGCCCAAAUGUUGAAGCUGCACAUUUAGCGAGACCGUUGUAUGGUUUGUCUGUGGAGGCCAAGGGAUUUCAAGGAGUGACGGCAGGUGCAAGUGGAGAGAAAUCUGGGCCACUCACACCACAGUACUCUACAACAGCAGAUAGCAAGUCAAAGGAUGAAUCUCAAUCACUUUUAAGGAGACGAAGAGGUUCUGGAGUUUUUUGUGCCAAUUGUCUGACCACCAAGACAUCACUCUGGAGAAAAAAUGCAAAUGGCGGCUAUGUCUGCAAUGCGUGUGGCCUUUACCAGAAACUUCACUCGACUCCCAGACCUUUAAACAUAAUUAAGCAGAACAAUGGUGAGCAGAUCAUUAGGAGACGAACAAGGAAGCGCCUUAACCCAGAAGCAUUGCAGACUGAGCAGUUAAAUAAACAUCAAAGGGGGAGUAGUGAGGAACAAGUUAAUGGAAGUCCUUUGGAGAGAAGGUCAGAAGAUCAUUCAAUGGAAGGUCAUCAGAGAGAAACACAACAAAUUAGUAUGAAUAAAUAUGAGUCCCAAGCUUCAUUGACUAAAAGCCAUUCUGCCCAGCAGACAAUAAUUGUCAGCCAAACCAUGGAUAUUCACAAACGGAUGCAACCUUUGCACAUUCAGAUAAAAAGCCCUCAGGAAAGCAGUGGAGAUCUGGGAAAUACUUCAUCUGUAUCUGAUGGCAAAGGAAGCUCAGAAAGAGGUAGCCCAAUUGAAAAAUACAUGAGACCUAUAAAACAUCCUAAUUAUUCUCCUCCUGGAAGCCCAAUAGAAAAAUAUCAGUAUCCAAUGUUUGGACUUCCAAUUGUUCAUAAUGACUUCCAGAGUGAAGCUGAUUGGCUGAGAUUCUGGAGUAAAUAUAAGCUGUCAGCUCCUGGGAAUCCGCACUACUUGAGUCAUGUGCCUGGCCUACCAAAUCCCUGCCCAAACUAUGUGCCUUAUCCCACCUUUAAUCUGCCUGCUCAUUAUUCCACUGUUGGAUCAGAUAAUGACAUUCCACUAGAUUUGGCAAUGAAGCAUUCCAGACCUGGAUCAGCAUCAAACGGGGCCUCUAAAGAAAAAACUAAGUCACCCUGUAGUAUAAAGGAAGAAGUUCCAUUGAAUGUAGUAACAAUAGAUAAGGUGGAUAGAAGUACUCAAGAUGAACUUUCAACAAAGUGUGUGCACUGUGGCAUUGUCUUUCUGGAUGAAGUUAUGUAUGCUUUACAUAUGAGUUGCCACGGUGAAAAUGGACCUUUUCAGUGUAGUAUAUGCCAACAUAUUUGUACGGACAAAUAUGACUUUACAACUCAUAUCCAGAGAGGCCUACAUAGGAACAUUGCACAAGCUGAAAAGAAUGGAAAAACUAAAGAAUAAAACAUUAGCACUUAGCACAAUUAAAUAGAAAUAGGUUUUCUGAAUAGAAAUUCAGUAGCUUGUAAUUUCUUUUGGCUUGUAAAGCACUUGUUUGGGCAUAAUAUUCAAACUAAAUGCCCAGGUUUUUGUUUGUUUUGUUUUUUAUCUCUAACCAGUGAACACAUGACUGCUAUUUACAAGUAUUAUGGCCAGUUCCAUAUAGAUUAUCAUUAUCUAAACGUAUGAUCAUCCAUAUGCCCUAUAUACAAAGUGCACAUAUCUGUAAAGUAUCUAAAAUGCCUAUGAAUGUGUUUUUAAAGAAGAUACCUUAUGUUACUAGACCUAAUCUUUUGAUUGACACUAUCAUUUAGACAAUGUAAAAGCUUCUCAGGUGAGCAAUUUGUUAGUCCUUUUUUGUGUCUGUUAUCUGUACUAUCUCUAUUCAGGAAUACUUUUUUGCCAAAAUAGAAACAUCUCCACAAGGAAAAUGAAAAUAAACAACAAUUAUAAACCAUUGUCAAUAUACUAUUCCAUAAAAAGCCAUUUAUAUUGGGCCGUCAAAUGCAGCUUAGUGAAUGUCUAUAAAUUAUAACAUUAAGUCAUAGCUUUAUAAAAGCAAUAUUUUAUAUUAUAGAUCUAUUGGUCUUGAAAAAUAUUUUGUAAUAAACAAAAUUUUAAUUUAUGUUCCUGUGGAUUUACGGGAAAAACCCAUACAUUUCUAUUUUGUUGUUUGUCCAGUUAGUUUAUCUCAUGCACUCUAAAAUAACUGGAUUACUUAUUGCAAACACAAAAAAGUUAUUAAAUUCAAGGUUAUCUCUCUCAACACACAUUAAAAUAUUAUAAAAAAAAGAUCUGUACUCUUUAAUCCUAUUUAAUGUUUAUUUUUGGAGCUAUUACAUUUACAAAUAACAUUUUGUUUACUUUUUUAAUUACCUUUUUUUUUUUUUUCGAUUUUAAUAGACAUACUGCCCUUUUUCAGUAGCAGUAUUUAUUUAAAGCUGCUGUUUUUUUUUCCUUUUUGAGUUAACAUAUUAGUUCCAAACUAUAUGUUUAAGCAUAAAUGCUGCGUUGUUUAUUAUUAUUUUACAUAAAUGUACAGUUUGUUGCAUAAUUAUUAAUAUAUAUGUGCUUCAAAGCCAUUUCUGACAACCCUUAAAAAUGACUUGAAAUUCCAAUUUGUAUUAACUGUAGUACAUACUAGAUUAGUUAUUUCUUACAGAUGUUUCUUGUAAAGUAUUAUAUACUUCUAAAUGAAGGGAACACUCCUUAGCGUAAAAUGCUCAGGGAAACAGGGCUAAAUAUUCUGCAUAAUGUCUGCUACUUAAUUGACCGAAGAAACUAAUAAGCCAGACUGUAUAGCUGUUCAAAUGCUGAUGAGCUCAAUGUCACACUUCAAAUAAAAGAGGUCUAUUUUUUCAUGAUCAUAUACAGAUGUUACAAGCUACUGGAUACACUGUCAGAUUGCCCUUUUUCAAUAACGAAGUUGGGAGAACAAAAGUCUUAUUUUUCUAGUAAUUAUUAAUGUAUUACAUUUCAAAUAAUGGUGCCUGACAUAUGAAAUAAUUAUUUUCUACUAUGUACGUAUGCAACAAAUAUAUUCCAUCAUGCAUAAGAGUCGGUAUGGCUCUGGCUCGCUGUUUACAUUUGCAGAUGUAGCAAAAAGGUAAUGAAGCAACUAUUUCUAUUGCAUUAGGAAACUUUUCUUUCUUCGUUAACGUUAUAUUAUGUUUCAUGAAACAAAUUGUAUUUGUUGAUAAAAUGGUAUGAAAAAUAAGAAGGAAAUUUAAAAUAUUUUUAUGCCUAUUUAGGUAAAAGGGUAGCACUAUUCAUUCCAAGUACUUUUGUAUUCUGAAAAUGUUAAAAACUUACAUUGUUAUUCUUAAAACUAAUAUGCAUAUAUCUUCUUGUAUUGCUUUGUCUAUGUUUCAUAGGAAACAUUUCAGAAAUUCUGUUUUCUGUUGUAUAAAUUGCAGCCCAUGUUAUGUUUUUUUUUUUUUUUUUGCUUACUAGAAUUACACUUUAUUUUACAAUGGACAGCAGUUGCUUUCGUUCUUUUUUUUAUAAGGUAUGUUGGGUUGGGUAUGAGUGUUUUAGAGGGUUAUUUUCACAAGUAUAGCUUCAAGAUCUUUUGUUGAAUUAAAUAAACUUAAUUCAACUGAAAUCUGGAUCUUUGCCGUGAAUGAAGUCAAACUGCUUCUCUGGUAAUAAACUUAUUUUUUUCUUUCUUCAUACUUUUAUAUUACUAUUGUAAGGAAAAAUCAGGGCAGGAUACUUUUGCUUAUUUUUGCAUGUUAACUGGGAAAUUUUUAUUAACUUAAUGUAUAUGAGAUAUUCUUUUUAAGUAAUUAAAAUAUACAUUGCCCCUUUUCCAAUUCAAUAAUAAGUUAAAGGGGCAUUAAAUCCAUUUUUUUUUCUUUCGUGAUUCAGGUAGAGAUUAAAUGUUUAACCUUUUGAGUGCUAAGCACUUUCCCACCUGGGUGCUAAGCUGAUUUGAGGGUUUUUACAUUUUUAAUUUUUUAUUUAUUUUUUCAGAUCCCCUGACUUAUACCGUUGGAAAGGUUAGGCGAUUAUACUUGUCAUUGUAUUUUUUUAAAAUAAUGUUGCGCAGUGACGUCAUCACGUCAUUGUGCGUGAUGUCACCACGCAAAAUGUGAAGUCCCGGCAAUGCCUGUCACUAUACAGGCCUGAUCGCCGGGGUAGGAGCGGGUGGGAGCCCCCAGAUCUCCCUCAAGGUGGGAGAGUGCUAGCAACGGCUCUGAGCCAUCGUUAGCACCUGAGUGGGAAAAUCUGCGACGACUCUGAGCCGUCGUUAGCACUCAAUGGGUUAAACAACAUUCAAAUGUACUUCUGUUAUCUAAUUUGCUUAAUUCUUUAGAUAUCAUUUCUUGAAGAAAGAGCAAUGCACAUGGGUGAGCCAAUUAUACAAGGCAUCUAUGUGCAGCCACCUAUCAGCAGCUACUGAGCCUAUAUAAAUAUAUAUUUCAGCAAAGUAUAUCAAGAGAUUGAAGCAAAUCAGAUACAAGUAAAUAAGGAGGUUGUUUAAAAUGAUGUGCUCUAUCUAAAUCAUGAAAGAAAAAAUGUGGGUUUCAUGUCCCUUUAAUAACUGUCUUUAAAGGGACAUUAAACACAAUUUUAUUCUUUAAUGAUUCACAUAGAGCAUGCAAUUUUAAUUAACUUUCUAAUUUACUCCUAUUAAAUUGUCUUCCUUCUCUUGCUAGCUUUAUUUAAAAAGCAGAAAUAUAAAGCUUAAUAGCUGGCCUAUUUUUUGUUGAGAACCUGGGUUAUGCUUGCUUAUUGGUUUUCUAAAUGUAGCCGCCAAUAAGCAAGAACUACCCAGGGUUCUGAACCUAAAAUGGGCUGGCUCCUAAACUUUAAAUUACUUCUUUUUAAAUAAAGAUAGCAAGAGAAUGAAGAAAAAUGGAUAGUAGGAGUAAAUUAGAAACUUGGAUAAAAUGCUCUGAAUCGGGAAAGAAAACAUGUGGGUUUAGUAUCCCUUUAAAUAAUUACAUUGUUAAAAUGUGCUUCACACUCAGGGCUUACCAAUUGAUAACAAUUCCCAAUAGAAAAUAAAGCUAUUUGAAGAAAGAAACAGGUUCAUGUCAAACCUAGGUUAAAAGUGUCAAUAUUAUGUAACCAAUUGUUCACUUGAUGGCAAAUUCAACACAGUCUGAAGUCAGUGAAGUUUCUUUAGAAUACUACACUAAAAGGUAGAACUUAUAUAUUGACUACAAUGCAUCAUUAGUUAAAUAAUUGGCCAAGCAAGUGAUAACAUUGUCUGGUGCCUUACAAAUUGUAUAACUUAUCUGCUGUUCUUUUAUUGAUAUUAUUCUAAAGUAUUGACUCUUACCUUCUGUCAGUCUUAACACUUUUUUGAUAGAGCUAAUGUACAAGUUGCAUAUAUAGGCAACACUGUUAUUCCCUUUUGUUUUGGAGAUGCUAUUACAAUAAAAAAAAGCAGCUGAAA